ACAUCAAACUACUACCUUUACAAAUUCAAAGCACAAAAAUGGUGGAUUGUGACAUCGGUGAGGUGUUCAAAGGGUUCUUGACAACUCGAAUGUACCACUUUAACUUCAUGUUUAAAAUUCUAGCGCUUUGCAUUAACUUCUACUGCUUGGAUACGUUCACGCUUGGAGUGGAGGGAAGGAUGCUGCCUGUGUAUAGUGCUCAUGCCACGGCCAUCUUCUACUUCACUAUUCCCACCUACAACGUCAUUCUGUCAGGCAUCUGCGUGCUUUUCAUCAUCAACCAAAUACCCUCCAAGCUGAUACAGCAAGUAUACUUGUUGACUGGAAUAUGCAUGUACAUCAUAUCUGGUACCAUGGGAAUAGUGAACACGAGAGACAAUGACUUUCUACCAGAAAUGUUUGUCAUGAGUUGUCUACUGUUGGCUGUCGCUGCUGCGAUGACGUUUGAUUAUAUCAUUCUUCGUGAUUAUUUUGUCCCGCAUCGAAAACGACCACCGAGGCGAUUUGAAGAGGAGGAGGAAGAUUCUGACGAGGAAUAAUUGGAGGUGAUCGCAGGGGUUCGCUUGUGUUUAUUGACUUUGUGAAUAUAUUUGUAUUCAUUAGAGAUUACUGGUAUAGUAUUUUAAUACAUAUUAC